AUGGAAGAUGCAGAGGCUCAAGAAGUGAUUGAUAACCUAAACAAACAAUUGGAGGAGAAAAGAAAGAGGUUAAUGGAGAUGGACUCAGAAGAAGAAAUGUCAGAAAAUGAACCAGAAGACACUGAAGCCAUUUCUAGUGAUCCAACGAGUGAUUCUGAGGAGAGAACGGAUGACUUGGAAGUUCAAGUUGGCAAGAAGAGGAAACUUUUGAAAACUAGGCCUUCCUCCUUAAAGGGAAAGAAAUCUAAAGGCAAAAUUCUCCAGAUAAGCUCGAAGGAGGAGGAGGAGGUCUCUAAAAAUUCAGGGAAGGAGAAACCCCAGGGUUCUCUGAAAAAGAAACCCAAAGCCUAUACUCAGACCAAAAACAAACAAAAGAGAAAGGAUGAGAAUGUGAAGGAGUUGGAGGAACAUAAACAGAAAAAGAUUUUGGAUGUUGAUCAGAACAUGGAGGAGGUGACCACUGGAGAAGUUCAUAGGGCUGAAGAUAAAGGAACUAUUGGUGACACCCCAAAUAAGGAAUAG